GAAAGCUUACGCCUCCACCUGUAGCGUACAAAUUAAUUUCUCGAACGUUUCACGCCACCCUUUUAAAAGAGAGUUAAAGAAUGAAACGCCAUACAACUCCCAAAAAUUCAUUUCAUUUUUGACUUUCUUCUAAGCUUAUAUCAUCUGCCUCUUCCAAUGGCUCAGAAGGCGGUGCUAAAGAUCUUGACCAUGACCGAUGAUAAGACUAAGCAGAAGGCCAUAGAAGCUGCUGCUGAUAUUUAUGGGGUUGAUUCGAUUGCCGCUGAUCUGAAGGAGCAAAAGCUAACAGUGAUAGGGCUGAUGGAUCCAGUUGCAGUGGUGAAGAAGUUGAAGAAAGUAGGGAAAGUGGACAUAAUUUCGGUUGGGCCUGCCAAAGAAGAAAAGAAAGAAGAGAAAAAAGAAGAGAAGAAAGAGGAAAAGAAGGAAGAGAAGAAAGAAGAGAAGAAAGAGGAAAAGAAGUAAAACUCAUUUUCAUUUUGUAAGAAAACUUUCCCCAUUAAAGAACCCUUUUCUUGAUUUUCUCAUGGUUUUCAAGAAUCUGUGGUUACGAAUACGUUUCAGCAAAUAGUACAAGAGGGUUACAGUGAACCUGCUUUCCUGCAUAUUUUCACAUGGUAGUGCCCUCAUGGGCUUUUGUCCAUUUUCACUUUUUUCUUUAAAUAAAUUCGAAAAUGUAAUUUGUUGUGUAAAUGUGAUCAGCAAUGUAAUAAGAAAUGCAAUUGGCCUUC